AUGGGCAAGACGGUGAAUGGAUUUGCUCAUGGAAGCCAGUUUCAAGGACGCAAUUCUUGGUCUGCUCUCCCUAAACCUAUCUUGAUCUUGAUAAUGAAAAAACUAGUAAAUCUCUGUGAUAUCAUUCGAUUCAGUAGUGUUUGUUCAUCAUGGAGAUCAGUUGCUCUCCAAGAACGCUUCUAUCUCCCCCGCUGCACCCCUGCAGGCUUCAUAAUUGAUGGCGGUCCCGAUAACUCAUGCAAAACACAGUGCUUUUUCCCCUGGACGAAAAUCAAGCUCUGCAACGACACUGAUACCCUUGUCCUUCAUAACUUACUGCUGCUUUCAUUUCCUGAGAAGAGUGAGUGUCGUAGGUCUUACAAGGGAUGGCUCGUAAUGGUGAACCUCAAACUAGAAAUGGUCAUGCUAAACCUGGUUUCAGGUGUUAGAUAUAGACUUCCCGGUGUUGCAACUCUCCCUCCAGUACCUCAAAUGUUAGCCUUAUCAAAGACUCAUAUCUAUUACUCUAUAUCCUCUGUUAGUAAGGCUGUCAUAUCCUCAAUUCUUACCUGCAGUUACUCUUCCAUGUGCUUUGUCUUUUUUAUAUACACUCGCCAUCGAGCCUUGGCCUAUUGCAAACCAGGAGACGCAAUCUGGAGCUCUAUAAAAUCUACAGAUUCAAUGGGCAACCAAUGUAAUGGUUUUACGGAUGCCAUAUAUCACAAAGGACAGCUUUUUGCCUUGCAUGAAACUGGAAAAAUCUUUAUCUGUGGCCACACUGCCACUUCUCCAGAAAUGAUAGAGUUCGUGGCCAGUCCACACAGACCCUUAAACAAGCAGUACUGUACUGAAGAAAGAUACCUUGUUGAAUCAGGAGGAGAUUUCUUAAUCAUAUUGCAGGAAAGAUCGCACGCGCACCAGAAUAGUCAGUCUUUCUCACUUUCUGAGUUGAACGAGGGAGGCAUUAAAAGGAACCAUGUAUAUUUCAUGGCUGACUCUAUUCAUGCUGAUUACUAUUACAAGAAGAGAUAUGACAUGGGUGAGUUCAAUUUGCAGAGCUCAACUAUUGGUUUCUACCCUACCAGCUUCAGGCUUACUUAUCCACCACGGAUUUGGAUCCAAAUCGUGUCACAAGCUUACAACUUUAGCCGAAUUAACCAGGAUACUGAUAAUGUAUCUCUUAAAGAGAAUGCUUUAAUUCAAAACUGA